AUGAAUCACCAAAACAACAAAGGAAUAGGAAUGGAGGGACAGCAGCAAUGGAGGCCCAGACUGUCGUUCAGGAGCGCCACCAUAAUGAUGUGCUUGCUGAACCUCAUCACUGCUCUUCUUUUGCUUCAGGGCUUUCUCUCAUCUGCUUCUUCCCGCUCCAAAUCCUCACCCACUUCAGCCACACUCAGGUAUGUUAGAGAAUCUGAAGAGAUCCGUCUUGCUAUGCAACCUUUGGAACUAAUGAAAAGGGUGAGGGAAAUCCAACGAGAAGCAUCUGGAGAACCAGAAACAGGCCAAGAGAAAGAGACAAGGCAAACAGUUGCAGUUGACCUCUCAAAAAGAUUGAAGGAUCUGCAUUCAGCUAACGAUGCUAACAGCUUGAAAGCCUUGGAAGAGUGGCGUAAACGGAAGAUGGAACGAGCAAGACUACGUGACCUGGAGAAAAAUGGAACACUCACGUCUCAAGCUUGAGCUCUCUCUUGUUAUUGUUGACCGUAUACUUGAAUUUGAACACCAAGUUGUCUGGAAAUCGUGUUGUACAUGUGUAUAUCUGAACUCUGAUUUGAUAACAAAGAACUAUCUGAUUAUUAUUUAUAUACUAUAUACUAAAACAGGGUUUCGCAAAAUU